CGUUGAAGUACGAAGAAGUCUGUUGCGAGACAUUUUUCCCCGUACAGUCCAUACCGCCCUGCCAGCUUCUCGCCGCUACCUGCGAUCGCGGGGACUGUUUCUCACCAAUCCUGAGGUCUUGAUCACAACAUACUCUUAUUCAAGGCUCUGAUCCAUGGCUAUUAUCUUUAUCGUGUAGCCUUACGGCCUUUCUUGUGAGUAAGAGUGCGGGCCCCGGUGCCUGUCUGCAUGGUCUGGAACCAACUCAGGCACCAAAAGCUUAAAACAUAUCCGUCUGCCACGCCUUCUGCCUUCUCCGGUAAUACUACUGACAAGCCUCCCAGUAUCGCAUUAUCCUAGUAUUUUCUCCCCUUCACUACUCGUUCCCAUUCUAUGAUCGUGAUCGAUGAUCUCCUCACGCCGCCUUGCGCCCCUUCUCGGCUUCGCCUUUAUCCUCUCGGCCCUGUUCGCCUUCUACACUCUCUCCGCACAAUGGGAGCCAAUCCCGCAACCCGUUGGCCUGAACAGGCCGGUCGCGACACCCUCGCCCACACCAUCCUUGCGCUAUAAUCUCACCCGGGUGUCUGAAGAAUCUCCCACGCGGACACCAUACGCCGCCAAACCACGCUUUGCUCCUGGUGUUCCUAAAGCGCCUGGCGCGACGUACAGCAAGAUACUAGUUGUGCCUCAGGCAGACGGGGAGGACACCACCUGGAUCGAGUUUGAAUUGCCAGACUGGCAGUCAGCCGUUUACGUCGUAAAUGAUCCGUCGGCACCUUUGCAUCCGCCCAAAAACAAAGGACAUGAGGUGAUGGUCUACCUAAGCUAUAUCAUUGAGCACUACGAAAAACUCCCAGACAUCAUUGCGUUCAUGCAUUCGCAUCAAUUCGCAUGGCACAACGAUGACCUCUUCAACGGCGAUGCAUCCGAGUUGCUGCGACGUCUGAACCCGGCCUGGGUUAUCAGGCAGGGUUAUGUAAAUUUGCGCUGCACUUGGAGCCCCGGUUGUCCGGAUUGGUUGCACCCUGGCACCUUAGUUGAGGAUCAAACCAAACAGGAGGAGGUCAUGCUUGCUCAGGCCUGGGGCGAGAUCUUCCCCGAUGACCCGAUCCCCGAAGUCCUAUCCCAGCCCUGCUGUGCUCAAUUCGCCGUCUCCCGCGAGCGCAUCUUAGCCAUCCCCCGAGCUCGAUUCGUGUAUUUCCGCGACUGGAUGCUCCGGACUGAGCUUAGUGACUACAUCUCCGGUCGCAUUUGGGAGUAUCUGUGGCAGGUCGUUUUCACCGGCGAGAAUGUUGUUUGUGUCAAGGAACAUAUCUGCUACUGCGAUGGAUUUGGGAUCUGCUUCGGCGGUGAAGACGAGUAUAAUGAUUUCCGCGACCAUAAUACAGCUAAAUCCGAAUUAGAGGAGGCACUUCAGGGAUGGUCUGUAAGGGCAGACUUGAUUGAACUCACUCGGAUGCAUGGACAUCUGGGCGAAGAAAGCCAAUUAGACUUUCCCGAGCCUGGAAAGGAUAUCACUCUGGAAGAACAGCUUGAGCUCGAAGAAGCACUGAUCCUCGAGCUAUUCGUCAAUGCCACUGACCGAGGCCAGGAUCCUAGAGCCCGAGCUGCGGAGGUCGGGAGAAUGUGGAAUGAGGGAGAUGGUUUCUAAUUUGGCACAUACUCGGCAUGUUGAUGCUCGGUCAUCACCCGCAUCACCCUUGGUGCGCGGUUCAUUACGUGCUGAUAUGGAUACGAUAAUCUGCUCUCCAUUUAUUUUGAUAUGUUUUUUGACUGAUGUGGUUCUGGGAUAGUGGCGAAUCAUGUUAGGUAGUUAGCGUGUUUGUUCCAAUACUUGUAUAAUUUGCGUCAAUUGAUCUGUGCACUUGGGCUGGCUCCAGAUUGCCAGAUCCGCAAAAGAAAUAUCUUCCGCAAACAGAAUGAACUUCCCCUGAUGUUGAGCGAGCAUGCGAU